AUGUCUCCUCCUCAAGAACCUCUUUUGCUUGAAUCUUAUGCUGUUCAAUCCAAUGUUGAUAAUAAAGAAAUGACAUUGGAUACACUUGUCCAAUCUAUUCAUCGUGUACUAGGUGAUGAUGGGCUUGACUCUGAGUGCAUUGAUGCGAAUGAAAUUAUUCGACUGAUGGAGAAAUACAGUUCAAAUGCUGCUGACUGGAGUAAAUAUACGUUAUUUGACCAUUCAAGAGCCUAUACAAGAAAUCUGAUUGAUGAUGGCAAUGGCAAAUUUAAUUUGAUGAUCUUAGCUUGGAGCAGAGGCCAAAAAAGUCCAAUUCAUGACCAUGCUGGCUCCCAUUGUGUAAUGAAAAUACUUGACGGAGAAUUACAGGAAACUCUGUUUGGUUGGCCAGAAUCAGGUGAUAGCGAAGAAUGUCCUCAACAAGACAUCACAGCCAAUAGUCUUGAUGACACAAAUGAGCUCAAUGGACAACCAUUGGCCAUCGCAAGAGAUACAAUUUACCAGCCAAAUCAAGUAACUUAUGUACAUGACAAAAUAGGUUUACAUCGUAUCUCUAAUCCAAGCAAAGAAAAGGGAGCAGUCUCUCUUCAUUUGUAUACACCACCUUAUCAAAUGUGUAAGACAUUUGAGGAAAAAACUGGUAGGGCUAGAAGCAGCGGUGUCUGUUCAUUCUACUCUAUCGGGGGAAAUCGUGUUUAA